AUGGGCGGAGGCCGUCGCUGUGGAAUUAGGACUGCGUCUCGCGUUGCACCUCAGUUAGUUGCUGGUAUUUUCUGGCCCAUUCCCUCGCUCAUCUCUAGCUGCAGACUUGUUGAAUCAUGUGGGCCCCCACAAACAUGUAUUCCUGGUUCGUUCAGACAACGCGGGAAUCGUCGCCGUAACCAACAAAGGUCGAUCGCGGAGCAACGCUACCAACAUCAUCCUCAAGCACAUCUUCGCGCUGCAAACGCAACACGAUAUCCGCAUUCGCACGGAGUACGUACCCAGUCGAGAAAACAUUGCGGACGCUCUUUCCCGUGGCGACAUCACAACAUUUUUAGCAGGUUUCCCUCUUGUGGCCCAGAAAGCCUCUUUCCCCUUACCGGAGCACCUAGCAGACAAACUGACAUCAUUGUAGCAUCUGCUCGCAUACCUUCCUUUCCCAUCGCUAGUGCCCUUCCUCCAGUGCCACCUGUGUCGUCUCGGACCCUAAGCCUCAACCCUUCCCCUUUCCGUCCCCACUGCCGUGCAGAGGAACGCUUGUUCCUAUGGCGGGGGCCAAACACUCCACCACUCGCUACGAUUGCCCAUCCAAUCAUCGAGCAUAUAGCGAGCUUGGCUUCUAGAGCCUCUCUUCGUGAUACUGCUAGCUAUGGUGCUGGCCUCCGCAAGUUCCAUUUAUUUUGUGAUAUAUUUUCGGUGCCAGAACAUGAUCGCCUCCCAGCCUCUUUCGAACUUCUGCAUUCAUUCGCGCUGUGGGCAGUAUCUGAUCCCUCAUCAAACGAUCUUGCCCUCGGUACACUAACAUCAAUCUCUUUCGAACCUGUUUCAGUUGGCGUCGCGAGAAAGUACCUUGCUGCAGUUCGUGCCUGGCACAUUGUGCAUGGCUGGCACCCCCCGUUGUCAGAGGACAACCACGCGAGGAUCAAUUGGUCACUCCGAGGUUUAGACAACCUACUCAGCUCUCGUCGCCGUCCCCUCCGCCCGCCCGUUACCCUUAACAUGCUGCAUGCACUCAAGGCCACCUUAUCCCUCACGGAGCCCUUCGACGCUUGCAUUUGGGCGAUGGCGAGUUGUGCCUUCUUCGGCAUGAUGCGCUUCGGUGAGGUAUCAGUGGAAUCGAGGGCAGCUUUCAAGCCCUCGAAGCACCUAACUCGCAAGGAUGUCUUUUUAGGAACUGACCUCGUCGGGAAGGCUUAUGCCCGUCUGGACCUACCCUCAGCCAAGACUGCCCGUCCAGGUGACACCCAGUCCGUCUUCCUCGUGGCUCAAGGCCCACUCUGCCCACUAGCUGCACUCCAGAACCUGGCUUCUGUUGUGCCCGCGCUCCCACACGACCCGUUAUUUUCUUGGCGUGAUCGCGCAGGUACCGUUCGUCCCAUGGUAAAGCAGCGUGCGCUUGCACGCAUCAACUGCAUCACCACAGCAUGGGGUUGGGGCACAGCCUUUGGACACUCGUUCCGCAUAGGAGGGGCAUCCUUCUACCUAGCCAAAAAGGUGGAUCCAGAGAUCGUACGCCUAGCCGGCCGCUGGCGCUCGUUGGCCUACGAAACAUACAUUCGGGCCUUCGAGCAGGUGGCCACCCAGCACCUGGGUGACCUGGCAUCAUAG